AUGAUUGAAACGCUCAAUAAAGUUUGGGAAUCACAAUUGGAUAUUGAGUUUAGAACUUUGGUGCUUGAUUUGAUUUUCCAUAUGCUGGAUGCUGAUUUGCAAAUUGAAAAGAAGGGUUCGCAGAAUUUGGCUUUGAAAGUGCUUUCGAUAUGUCAGUGUUUGAUCAAAUUAGAACGUCCUGCUCAAGUUGCACAGAUUUUCAAUAAUCUUUUAUCGAAGAAAAAUACUCUCGUUGCUUAUCAACUUUGCUUUAAACUUUACGAAAAUGCACCUCAAGAAUUUUUGGAACAACUCAAGGAACUUUUAUUUUAA